UUGUACCAAGCUCUCUCUCUCUCUAUAUAUAUCGUGUGUUUUGUGUUUUAUAGCUUGUGUAUGAUUUGUGAAAGAGUUCUUUUGUGGUAUAUAUAAGCCAAGACUCUAUUAUCAACAGUCUCACGCGUACUUGCUCUGCUUUUGUAUCUGUUUCAUUUCACCAAAGAUGCCUCAAAACACAACCACAAAAAGCCUUAACAACCAUCAAGUUUUUGUCAUCGAAGGCUCCAAAGAGGAUGUGCCUUCACACUCACAGAGUACCUCCAAGUGCUAUGAUGAUGAUGGCCGUCUCAAACGAACUGGAAGCGUUUGGACUGCAAGUUCGCACAUCAUAACAGCUGUAAUAGGAUCUGGGGUGCUGUCUUUAGCAUGGGCCAUAGCUCAACUAGGUUGGGUUGCUGGUCCUGCUGUCAUGUUGUUAUUCUCUUUCGUUACUUUAUAUACUUCAGCUCUUCUGGCUGAUUGUUACCGUGCUGGCGACCCCAAUUCUGGCACCAGAAAUUAUACUUAUAUGGACGCAGUUCGCUCCAUUCUUGGUGGAGUCAAUGUUGCGAUGUGUGGGAUAUUCCAGUACCUGAAUCUGUUUGGAAUAGUAAUAGGAUACACAAUCGCGGCCUCUAUAAGCAUGACGGCAAUCAAAAGGUCUAACUGUUUCCAUAAAUCCGGGGGCAAAAACCCAUGUCACAUGUCAAGCAAUCUAUAUAUGAUAAUUUUUGGCGCAACAGAAAUUUUCCUUUCUCAAAUUCCAGAUUUUGAUCAAAUAUGGUGGCUCUCAUCAGUUGCUGCGGUCAUGUCUUUCACCUAUUCCUUUAUUGGUCUUGCUCUUGGAAUUGCCAAAGUUGCAGAAACGGGUACUUUCAAGGGUAGCCUCACAGGAAUCAGCAUUGGGGGGACUGUGUCACAGACACAAAAGAUAUGGAGGACUUCCCAAGCUCUUGGUGACAUAGCCUUUGCUUAUUCAUAUGCUGUGGUUCUCAUUGAAAUUCAGGACACCGUAAAGUCUCCACCAUCUGAAGCAAAAACAAUGAAGAAAGCAACAAAGAUAAGUAUUGCAGUGACCACAACAUUUUAUAUGCUCUGUGGCUGCAUGGGCUAUGCUGCUUUUGGAGAUGCAGCACCUGGGAAUCUGCUCACUGGUUUUGGUUUCUAUAACCCAUAUUGGCUUAUAGACAUUGCAAAUGCUGCUAUAGUAGUUCACCUUGUGGGAGCAUACCAAGUGUUUUCCCAACCCAUCUUUGCCUAUGUGGAGAAAAGGGCAGCACAAAGAUGGCCAAACAUUGACAGGGAGUUCAAAAUUCCAAUUCCUGGUCUUCCCCCUUACAAACUAAACUUGUUUAGAUUAGUAUGGAGGACAGUGUUUGUUAUACUAACCACUGUCAUAUCAAUGUUGCUUCCAUUCUUUAAUGACAUUGUGGGAGUGAUUGGGGCAUUGGGAUUUUGGCCUUUAACUGUUUUCUUUCCAGUGGAGAUGUAUAUCUCACAGAAGAAGAUCCCAAAAUGGAGUAACAGAUGGAUUAGCCUCCAAAUAUUUAGUUUGGCCUGCCUCAUAAUAUCAGUUGUUGCUGCUGUUGGCUCAGUGGCAGGUGUCUUGCUUGACCUAAAGAAAUACAAACCAUUCCACUCAGACUAUUAAGCUUCAUCUGUUGCCUCCUUGCGGAUUUAAGAAACUACAGUAUGGUUUUCAUUUUUGUGUAACAUUAUCUUGUAGAUCAAUUGGAUUACUAUAAGCCAAUCCUUGUUUGAAAAAUCAAAGAAAUAGUUUCCUUAAACCAUU